AUGGCACAUAAUCAGAUCGAGGAACAGUCCGUUGAAGGGGAUCAGCCGCCAGGCACUUUUCUUCUUAUCCACAAUGAAACUGGCGAGAGUGAGAAUCAUGACCGGCCACAGAUUAUCCUGCACCCUGUGCCGUCGAGGGACCCUAAUGAGCCACUGGUAGUCGUCCUCGCGCCCAAUUCAGCGAAUGCAGGUCAUUGA